UCAAGAAUUGUCUCAAAAUUUUGUCUCAAAAAGUGUCUACAAAAUUGUCCCAAAAAGUGAACCCAUGAACCCGAUGAUGUAUGAUGGGUCGAUGAAGCAUGUUCCAGACACGGUAACCGAAGAGUUCGGCACUGGAGUCGAGGCGUUUGAGAAGAUUAAAGCCAAACUGAACGAACUUUUGGAACCCAACAUGACAUGGCGUCAACGCCAAUCAGCCCAUUACGCCUUGACGGAACUGGUCGCUGUGAGGCAUAUGGAAAAGGGUGUACGAACUUGGUUCCGAGGUGUCAUCUUAGAAUCGAAUGUUACUAAUGUUUCUGACCGUAAAAUUCCACACCAUAAAGUUCAACUGAUUGAUGCCGGUCAAGUUUUGACGCUGCGGGAGGAUGAAAUGUGUUCCCUCCCGUUGUACGUGAGCUACUAUCCUGCUCUGGCCUACAAAUAUUGUCUGAAUGGGGUUGUGCCCGUGGGGAAUACCCUGGAUGAGACGAGCAUUACUUGUCUUGCGGAGUAUGACGACUGGAACAAACAUCAAGAUGAAUGUGACCAAAUCGAAUAAAUCUGCAAGUGUGUGCAAGACACUCGAAGUUGAUCCAUAUCUCGUUGACCUGUCGCUGAAUUCCUCGCAUGCAACGCCUUAGCCAUUGAACUCAAUCAAUUCCCUACUCGACCAAUUUUGAACAGUUUCUUCGACAACGUAACGCUCCAUAACGCUCCAUUUUUCUGCUACAAAUGACAACCGGAAAUGAAGCACAUAUCAUUUUGUGUUUAUUUUGUCUUUUGAAACAAAUCGGAAAUCGGGGCAAAGGAUAACAGAUGCAUCCUGAUCAUUGUUCUUGCUACACAUUUCUAAAAAAAAUCAGAGUACUCAAUGUCCAUGAAAAUUAUUAAAUUAAGGGCCUGGGGGAAGUUGCUUAGAAAUCACGUCAACUUUGACGAUAAAAUU